AUGGCACCUGGACAUUCAAGUCCCUCAUCGGCACCAUGGCCCAAGGGCAAGAACAAGUACAGAACCGCGGGCCUCAUCCUCAUGGAGCACAUUGACGGGUUCUUCGUCGAAGAGGUCCCGUCGGGCCCGACAGCGUCCACUUGGGGGCUGGGAGAGAUAGAUCGGUACACAGAGGCCACCGCCGUUGAUGGCGACUUGAGCCAUUGCGAGAGAGCCUCGGACGGUUCUGCUCGGCCUGAGCCGCACGCCGCUGUGGUCCAUGACGAAGGCCGGGACAGGAGCCGUUCUGCGGCGUUCACGGCCUCCAGCUCACUCCCUAGCCACUUCACCCUAUCGAACGGUUCAGCUCCGUCGCACUCACGAGUUUCGUCGGAUAGUUCCCCAAGGAGCCCGCGGAAUUCCAUUUUUGAGACGCUGCGCGAGUAG